CUCACACACACACACACACACACACACACACACAGUCAGAGGAAGUGAGAAAUACUGCAGCAGUUUAUAAUUUUUAGAUCCGUUACCGAGGGAUGACAGAAUUUUUGGAGUGUGAAAGUUUCCGUACAAUGUGAGAAAACCAUGAAGGCAAAGCUGGGAUUCAUCUGGGAUGCUGCCCGAGUGUUUACUGCACUUUGGUCUGUGUUCAGCGUUCACACGGUUUUGCUGGUCUACGGUCAGGAAGGUGAUGGGUGUGGACACACAAGCCUGAGUCCCAUGAGUGGCACCGUGGCCUCACGGAACUACCCCGGCACUUACCCCAACCACACGCAGUGUGUGUGGAGCCUGAACGUGCCGACAAGAUACACAUUGCACCUUACCUUUGGGGAUUUUGACCUGGAGUGGAGCAAGGACUGCAAAGCUGGCUCUCUUACCAUCACCGACAAAAAUAAAGGCAUCAACUUGGGACCUCUGUGUGGGCAGCUGGCUGCCUCAGACAAGAACAUGUUGGUGAACAGUAGUGAAGUGACAGUGCACUUUGUGUCCAGCACUCACCGGUCCGGACGAGGCUUCCUGCUGUCCUACUCAACCAACCAACACCCAGACCUCAUAUCAUGUCUUCACAGAGGAAGCCACUUCACCUCCCUGCAGAUCAGUGUGUUUUGUCCUGGGGGCUGCAAGGAUGUGGCAGGGGAAAUCUGGGGUCAGCAUGGGCAAGGCUACAGAGAUACAUCCGUGCUGUGCAAAGCUGCAGUCCAUGCGGGGGUCAUAUCAGACAGCCUGGGAGGCAUAAUUAAUGUGACCCAGCAGAGAGGCAUCACACUGUAUGAAUCAAGUUUUGCUAAUGGAGUUCUGUCCAGAACAGGGUCAUUGUCAGAUAAGAGACUAGUCUUCCUCAAAGCAUGUGACAGCCUGUUAGCAGUUAUGCCCUUUAAUGCGUCCUCCAUGUCGGUGGAUGUGGACAGACUGAACUGGAUUCCAGAAAAUGGGGACUCGAGAGGCCAGUUUGUAAAGUGGCACACCAGCACUGAGGAUCAGCAGCCAUGGCUAGAGCUGGAGCUCUUUAAUCGGAGCAGCAUCACAGGAAUAAUAACAGAGGGGCUGUCAAACUCUUUCAUUGAGACUUACACAAUCAAGUAUAGCAAAGACCACAAAACAUGGAAAAUAUACAAGGAAGCAACCAGCAAAGAGAAAAAGGUGUUUGAAGCCUCUUCUGAUGGCCACACAAUAGCUCUCAACAGCCUGUUUCCCCCAAUAACAGCCCGUUACCUCCAGAUCUGGCCCCAGAGAUGGCACGGCAGAGUCUCUGUACAGAUGCAAGUGCUUGGCUGUCCAUUAUCUGGGUUUCGACCCCGAUCCAACGCAGGUGGAUCCAGCAUGGUGAAGCCAGUUCCCACAGAAACCAUGCUGCUGAAUGAGUUCUCCACCGAGAGUCCUGUGGUCAUAAGCUCAAGCCAAACUUCCAACCAUCCAGUGAUAUUGGUGGUGGGUGUGGUUCUAGGUGUGGCACUGUGUGUGUGGUGUCUGUUGGCAGGAAUGUUGUGGAGGAGAAGGAAAAAGGGUGUGCACAUGAAGAAGUGUUGCCUUGACACAGGCUGUCAGGAUGUCCAUGGGAAAAAACUGCCAUAUACAGAAUCAGAGCUUGUGUCCUGCCCUCUGGCUAGGAGCAUCCAUGACAGCCUGCCUAACCCUCCUCUCAAUGACUAUGCUGAGCCUGAUGUUCUCGCAGGUGGACAGAAAGUGGGUGUCACCUUCCGACCACCUCUGGAUGAGGGCUACACUGUUCCCUUUUCCAUUAACCAUUAUGACACACCAAAUCAACUUCCUGAAUACGCUGAGCCCCUGCGGCUCGAGCCAGAAUACGCCACACCAUUCAACGAGCCAGUCCUCAAUCCCUCCAUCAUCACACAUCUAAAGACUCUGCAGAACCUCUCUCACCUUCACACAGCUCCUAGUGCUUUACAAUACGAUUGCCCUGCUCACCGACGCCUUUCCAACGGAUAUUGCAUUCCUUUAAUCAAUUGCACAGCAAACUACACACAACCCCAGCCUGUAGAUUCGGUAGUGCAGCAUACGUAUCACGAGCCCCUUUGAGCGCUGAACACUCAGCUGUAAAUCUUAUCAGUGAAGGUCAUGUUUGCAGUUUUCAACUGUAAAUUUUAAACGUUUCCAGGCUACUGUGAGACAUAAAUAAAUCCACUGUUGGCUCCUGUGAGAUGCAGAUAUAGUCAGUUGGACCAUGCACAAGUAUAUACUGUAUUUAUUAUUAUUGUUAUCAUUUAGAAAUGAACAAAAUAAAUCUUCAUUUUUUUUAUACAACUUUGUUAGAUGGAGGUGCACAGUGACCCAGUCUAUGGAUUCAUUUCUCCUUCAUUCCUACCACAAGCACCUCUCUAUAAUGCCUUAUAGUUUAUUAAUGACUAUGAGGGUAUAAGAGACAUAGCUGUAGAGGAAUACAGUCAGUGCCAUGCACUGUAACUACAGUUUUUACCUGUUAUGGAUUUUUGGUCAGUUUUAAAUAUUUGAUUAAUUCAGCCUGAAAAAGCAGCGUUGUAUAUCCAAAGCACCUUUAAUGAUAUGUUAAAAUGAUAAAUUGUAUAACAGUGAACUAGAUUUUUGUAUUAUGGGUGCAGUACCACUGUAUUUGUUAUUGAUUAAUGACUGUUUUAUAUGAAAUUAAGGAUUUGGAUUCUAUGAUGGACCACUGACCUUUUUUGUGUAUUUAUAUGAGUGAUUUUUUUAAUAGAGGCUAAUAUUAAUAUACAGAAAGUGCAUACUGUAUGUGCUUAUGGUACACCAGUAUGCUGAGGUACAAAGCAGCUGUUUUACUGUUGAAAAAAUAAAGUUAUAGUACUUUUUAUAGAGAACAGUAUCUGCCUUAUUUAUCGUGAUACUCAAAGGAGUGAAAAUGGAUUUGUUCAUCAGCAGGGGUGGAACUUACUUCGAAUCGUGUAGUGUUGGCCGCAUUUAUGCUUUAAUUAAGAAUGAUUUAAAUUGACUACUUGCACGCUUACUUAAUUACAUUUCCAAGAAAAAAACAUUACUUUUUACUCCUUACAUGUAGGCCUUCAAAGUACUUGUUACAAAUUUCAAAGGUCUCUUCUUCUCUCAUCCAGCCAACUUCAUUUAGCAUCCAAUCAGGUUCAUAAAUAAAUGAAAAAAGAAAAAAAAAACCUGUGCCAAUUUGUCAUCUGUGGUGACCUAUGCAACAUAGUUAACACUGUAGCUAAUUGUGUGUGUUUUAAUGAGGGAUAAUCCACCAGAUUUCAGUGUGGAAGUUGAGGAUGAAACUCCCCCAGUUUAAACACGUGGUGUAGGCUGGUUGGCAUAUCCAAAUUGUCCGUAGUGUGUGAGUGUAUGUGCGAUUGUGUCCUGUGAUGGGUUGGCACCCCAUCCAGGGUGUCCUCCACCUUGUGCCCCGAGUUCCCUGGGAUAGGCGCCAGGCUCCCAGCGUCUCCGUGUAUGAUAAGCAGUACAGAAACUGGAUGGAUGGAUGCUGAGGUAGGUUUAGCUAAGUUGUUAACAUUAGCUAACUAAGUUAAUUUGGGUUUUUUUUUUUUUUUUUUUGUUAAUAGCAAGUUAGACUAGCAUUGAUUCCAGUAGCUAGGGUAAUUGGCUAGACAGCAAGUCAAAUUCAAGCUAAUGGUAAAUAUUCCAGAGAUUGCAUGAUGAACUUAUAGAGAUGUGAAUGAUGUUUUCAAGCAAAAUGGUGUAGCUGCUUUAAAAUGAAAAAUCAUCUAACAGUUUUAGUCAAGUAAAAAAAGUUACUUUUCACAAAAAACAUGACUUUAACUUAAUUUCAUCAGUUUAAAAACAUUUAUUUUCUACCUUUUGCAUACUUGAGUACUGUCAUGUAAAAUUGGAGAAGGACUAAACACUACGUUUCCCAUCAUAUAUUUAGCUCAUUAGCACUGGGGUGUGUGUGGGUGUGUAUAUAUGUAUAUAUAUAUAUAUAUAGAGUCCCCAUCACGUUAUGCUCAUCUUAUACAUCUUGUGUUGUGCUUUGUUGGAUACUUUAUUAAACGUUUCACUUGUAGUCUGCAUUUGCAUCCGUUUCAAAUCCCUGACGUGACAAGUACAUUUAAAUGUUACAACUUUUUUGGAUGGAUACUUUUAAUUAAGAUUUUGACUAAUUAUUUUUGCUUUCAUUUAAGUAUAAUUUCUAAGUAUAUUGACCACCACUGGUCAUCAGCUAUAUUAUUAGAUCUGUGCUUAGUUACCU